AUGGAAAGCAUAGAAGCAGAUGGUGUCAACUUAUUUGAUAUUAUUGGCGAUGAUUGCGGAAGUACUAAAAUGUGUUCCACAACAAACAGUAAUUGGACAACUGAAAAUACAAUAACUAUUGGAUUUCUAGGAGCUUACGGAUAUAGUCUGACUGUUCUGGGCGCGCUGCCGCUGGCCGUAGCGGGCAUCAACCGCGAGCCCAGUCUGUUGCCAGGCCGCCGCCUACGCUUCGUGGCCGCCAACAUCGGCCGCCCUAGACCACCGCUGCCGCUCCACAGGGAUUCACUCUCGCUCAGGGUGAUGACGCAAAUGCGUGAUCUCGGUGUGGUGGCGUUCUUCGGCCUCGACGGCACGUGUCUAACUGAGGCGAAGCUUGCCGCCGCUUGGAACCUUCCUCUCAUAUCGCAUAAAUGCCCUGAAGCUGAUGUUUCACGGGAGGCGGGCGAGGCGGGCGGGCUGGGGGCUACAUUCGCCCGCACGUUGCCGCCCGCACACAAAAUCAGCAAAUCCGUGGUGGCUCUACUGAAGGCCUUUGGAUGGAACAAAUUCGCGAUAGUAGCCGGUGACGAAAGCACUGCAGCUGGACAACAGAUGGAUGCUAUUAAAGAACUGUCACAGAGCAAUGGGCUUGUGAUAACAGCUGAGCAUCGCUUCACAGACUAUCUACCGCACAAGUCCGAGCACAUAAAGAGGAUUGUUGACGACACGUACUUUAAGACACGAAUCUACGUGUUUCUUGGCGAGCACGUGGCGCUUGUGGAGUUUGUGAACGCGCUCAGAAGACGCGGUCUGCUGGACGCCGGAGAGUACGCGGUCAUCGCGGUUGAUGAUGAAAUAUACGAUCCUAAUGCAACAGCUAUCACGCAUGCAGGCAUUUUUAAAGACAUUGAUAGUGAUGACAGCAUGUUUUAUACAUAUGUUUAUACAGUGGAAACACACAGAAAAUGA